UGAAGCCAGACCAAGACUCGAACCCGGGGCCUCGGAAUAACAUUCCGAUAAUCUACAGACUGAGCUAACCAACCGCCUACACAUUUUCUCGCCGUUUCAAUAUUCAAGUUCUAUAUUGUGACAUAUUUCCCCACCAUUUUGAAAUUCGUCCUCGAAUUUCAGGGGGUACUUAAUUAAUAAAACAAUUACAGGCUUCGGUGACUAACCAAUGUAAUGCCGUCAAUGCCCCACGUUGGGUGUCAAACGUCACAGGAUGAGAAAAAUGUGCAGCCAGACCGGGGCUCGAAUCCGGGGCCUCGGAAUACCGUUCGAAUGCUGUACCGACUGAGCUACCCGGCCACUUAUACAUUUUCUCCCCGCCCUAUACCAUGACAAUUCCGUAUAGGGGACGAAAAGUCUAACCGUCAAUCGCUAAUUUGGGUACGAAUAUUAACUGGAUAUCAAGAAAACUUUCACAGAACACAAAUGUACCAUUAGAUUGUAAGCAAGUAACAAAAAUGAAGUCAAUUAAUUUACAAAUUUGUAUUUGAUAAAACAGGUUGAGAUAUUUUGAUAUUUUUGUAUUAUUGCAUUAUUUGAUUGUGCUGUAAUUUUCGCAUUAACUGCUAUUGUUUUCCUAAACGUGUGUGAAAAGAUACUAGCAAACAUUUAAGUAAGUGUUACGUUAGAAGGUGUGUUAAGUAUAAAAGAUGAGAAAAGUUGAAGCAAUGUUUACAGGAUACAUCCCAAUUAAAUGUACAGCCGAUAAAAAAUCAAAACAAGACAUACGAGUAUGGCCUGGUGUUUUGAUUCUGAAUAUACUAAUGUAAUAACACGGCAGCAGAAAUUCUUUUAAAACAUUGUUUACGUAUUGUCGAGUUGCCUGUUGAAUUACUAGUGAAGGAAUGAACCGGCUUUAAAUAUAAAAUGGCCACACCCGUGAACUGCUCGUGCGUGAAAUAUUGAUUAAUCAUGGUACGUUAUAUCGUAUAGACAGGAUUGAAAUUAUAAAGGAAUAAGCAGAAAAUGUAGACUUGUGCACCUACUAAAACAACAUAAAUUUAUUUCAUAAGAGAACAUAAAUACCUCAGCGUACAGCAUUAAAAGAUACUUUCAACUAUGCAUAGAAAAGCUGGAAGUACGAUCUGUACCGUGACAGAUGCUUUGUUCUUGCGUGUCGGACAAGACUUUUCCGUGUUUUUGGCUGGUGCUGGAAAACCUCGUCUUACACCCUGGGAAAAAUAGUUUUUUAAAAGUAUUUGUUUUAUUUCAUUUACUAAUUAGAGAAUACGGUGUGCAAGAAAACGAUUCUAUCACUGAUUGAAGAUGCGAAUGGAAAUAUCUGGCUCUUGGGUAACUGUAUUGCGGUAAUUCGACAAAGUUUUGUUGCCGCACAAUCAGUUACCUUUGAGCCAGAUAGUUCAAUUCUCAUCUUCAACAAGUUCCCAGAUACCAGGAUCAUGCAACGGUACUUUACGGAAUUAGUAGAAUUAGGUUCCAACAUACCAGGUAUAUUAAGGAUAUAUGGUCUCAUGAAGGAGAGAGGGUUUUCAAAUAGGAACAUUUUAUCCAACAUUUCACUUAUAUAACAAUACUAAAUAUCUUGGUGAGGAAAAAAAAAAAAGAUUUAUGUAGUAAAACUGAAUUUUUAGGUGAAAUUACGCAAAUGAAUUGGUAUACUGUAUGAUGUAUAUUCAUCUAUGUGUCAAGUUUUUAUUCUAUAUAUCAUCAUUUAUUAUAAAAAUAAGACAAAAUGGUACCAGAAUACUUUGCACUUUUGUUCGGUGUCUGUUAUGUUUUCAAAUGAUCGAUUUUGUUAAAUAAUUAUAAAAAAAGACAUUAAACGUCUUUUUACACAAUCCCUACAUGUUCAUAUUUUAUCCCCACUUAUUAGUUUAACAGUCCUCAUAUUUUAACUACUUAUUUUUAAAGCUUGCGUCUGAAUUAUGAUUUUUACAUUUAAAAGUUAUAAAUUAUAUGCCUUAAGAAAUAAGUAUCUUUUCUUUCGUGUCAGCGCAUGAAUACAAACGAAAAUAGUGCUAGUUUAUACUGCCUGUUCACACAGUGUGACAUUACUUCCGCUAUCUGUAUGAAUAUCAUUACAUUAACGGUGAGGUAAUAUACACUUUAGUGGACCUGUUAAACGAAAUCACUUGUCUUUAUUUUAUGUCAGUUUUAUACAUAAUUUAUGAAUUUAAAAUAGGAUGUUUGUGACUACAUAUUGCUAUAUAUAGGUUGAGGUCGGAUAUAUUUAUCAGUGUGUUAUAUAACAGGAAGAGAGUCAUGUAUAUUUAAUUAAGGAUGACAAUUUCGCAUAAGAAGAAACGUAUUUUUAUAAGUUAUAUCUUAUUCAUUUUCUGCUACACUUUUGUAUCUUUAUUGAUAUUUGAUAUGUACGGUGGUUUCCAUUAUAAAGAUGGAGUUCCUUCUAGUAGACCAUAUGACACAGAAAUCGGUAUGUUUUCCUUUCAUGAACAUUUGUAUGAUGAAAACGGAAAGUUACAAGCAUACAAAGAAAUAUCUGGAUACAUCAUGGAAAUACGAAUUUAUAUGUGUACCAUCAACAUUAAUAAAGAAACUUGUUUAAUCUCGUAUCGUGAUUAUCCAGCCACCAUGAAAUUUGUAUAUAUUGCCUUGUUUUGGCAUUUGCUAAUAUCUCUCUUCAUUUACACACCAAUUUCUGUUUUACCUCCUUUUUCAACGAAGCGAAUAUGCAAUUUGAAAGAACAGACACUGGAUAUUAUAACAGUUUCUUUGUUCGCUUUUACAUGUGUAUUUCAUGUUUUGGGAUACAUAAUGUACGUGCAAGUGAUAGGAAACGAAAUAGGAUUUUCAUGGCAGGAUCUGACACGAGUUGUCUACUUUGGGCUUGCAAAUGCUAGUUUUAGUCCAGUGGUUGUAGUGCUUUUAAUUCUGUUGUAUAAAAGACGCAUGCAUUCGAAUGAAAACGGUUUGGUAUACGUGAAGUAUAAAAAGAUUAAAUCAACAGCAAAUAAUAAUCCUUCCCAGACGGCAGAGCAAAAUGCAAGCAUUCAGAGACCCUCGCGAUCCCAGAGUUCAGAAAAAAUCUAUCGUCCUCCAGACACACAAAGUGUUGCUGGUGAUAUUCGAAAUUUAGUUGAAAAACUUUGGAAACCAGCAAAAGUUGGUAUUGGACGUGAUGCAAAAGGACUUUAUCAUUCAUCAAUUGAUAUCACAGACAUAACAUUAAUCGGUAACGACAGUGUGUUUCAGCUCUACUCAAAGAAAAAGAAGAUGAUUGAACAGUUUGCAGCUUCUGUUGGUGGAAAACUAAAUCCUCCAGAGACAUAUGCUACUGUAACCAGUCCUAUCCAGACAGCUGGGUUUGGGACUUUAGUACAGGUUCUUAACUGUGGAAUCAAUGAGUAUUAUUUAUUUCACGGAACACCAAUUGCCAAUCUUGAAUCAAUUGAACGGUAUGGAUUUUUCAUGGAAAAAUACAAACAUUCAAUGUUAGGGAAAGGGAUUUAUUUCACUGAGGAUCCCGUCAAAGCCGACCAGUAUACAGGGAAAGGAGAUGAUGUUAAAGACCCACUAUGUUGUAUGAUACUAUGCAGAGUGCUGAUAGGAGAUGGUGUUAUACAGAGACGUAAUGUGAAAAACCCUACAAUGACGUCAAAUGCUACAUCCGCCCCGUGUAAAACAUGUUUAAAACCAAAACCAGACUGCCAGUGUAGAAAAGCUACAAAAUUUGACUCUGUGAUAUUUGAUGGGUUGUUAUUUAGAGAGUUCGUUGUUUAUGAAACUUGUUCAUGCUUUCCUGAAUUUGCUAUAUUAUACAAGAGAGUAAAAAGUAACGUCUAUCCUAUGAUAAUUGGGUAAAUUAAUUAUUUCUUAUUUUUCUUAAUCGCAUCUAUAUAGCAUUCUUUUCACGUAUAUAUACACUUUCAAAGCGCGCUUUACAUUAAUUAUAGAUCUAAAAGUCUCAUGACUAUUUUGUUGAAAAAAAAAUGCAGCCAUUCAAAACAGGAUAGUCGAAAACAUAUAUCAACCAUGACUUACAUACAUGUAAAAUACUGUUUUACACUUUUAUAUUCACAUCGCUAGAAAUGUGUUCUAAAGACUUUUAAAUGUAGCUAGUGUAUCAGAACCUCUUAUAUGUAGACAUGGGGGUAUUUUCAUUUUGUAAAAAUAUUGACUGUGAUAUUUGAUAGGUUGCUAUUCAGAGAGUUAGACAAUAGAACUUGCUCAUGCUUUCCAUAAUUUGUUGUAACUCUAUCAUAAAAAUAACGACUUCCCUAUGCUAAUUGGGCAGAUGCAUUAUUAUUAAUAUUAUCAUUAACAGGGAUAUCAGAAUACAUAUAUAGUAAUUUUACUAUUUUCAUGUAUAUGUACACGUUCAAAGUGCUUUACAGAAUAUAUUUUAAAACAAUCCAGUUGUUACACAUCACGAUUUGAGUCUUCAGAACAAAUGACAGUGUGUCUUGUGAUGUUUUCCUUCCCCUGCGGCCUGUACAUCGGAUCAUGUCUCUAAUACA